AUGGGCAGGCAGGAGCAGGAAAUCACCGAUAGCGGUGCCCUCCGCAACGAGCCGGAACGCAUUCUUGACAUCGACCCUGCGCCCGGUGCUCCCGAUCCGAAGAGAAAUCAACCUGCCGGACAAGAGGUCGAUAAUGAACUGAUGGCUCUCCUUCCAAAUUCCCUCAAGGACAAGAACGAAGCUACGGCACAACCGAACAAGGCCAAAGAAAAUAUCAAACGCGACAAGAAGAUGCUGGAGUCACUGGAAACAAUUCUUGCGAUGCAGGAGAAUCUGAACAAGGAGCUUGAGGAAAAGGCUUUGACACUAGAGAAGUCCCUCGGUGGAAGAAGAGGCAACAAUCAAAGCGCUCGAAGUAGCCAAAGACCAAGCUACCGUUGGGAGAAAUUUGUGCAGUAG